AUGGCUGUACGUCCCAGCACAGCUCUCAGCGAGAUCUCCUCUGCCAUCUCCGAAGAUGGCUACCAUUCAAGACCGCAAACUGGCGCAAGACUGGACCAACCAACGUUGCCAAAUCCUUCUGCUUCGCAGCAUGGUUUCUCUCACAUUCGCGGUAUCACCCAGCCCGCCAAUCGUACCAUAAGAAACCCUCCUCCUGCGCCGUCGAGCAACACUGGAUCUAGCCGUCCUCAAAGCCCUGUCAGCACAACCAGCCGAACGCAUGUGCCUUCUUUGACAGCCCAGGGCUUCUUUAGGCCCAUGAGCUCGCAGAAGCUGCAAGCGCAACGAUUUCGUCGUCCCCCAGGCGGUAACAAAUCAGUCCAGCCACCGGCCCCCAUACCCGAUGGAGAUCAAUACGAUGAUGCGGAUGAUCGAAGUGUUGCUUCUAGCAGGCACGCCAUGCCCAGAGGCCAUCGACCACUCCAGUCGAUCGCGACCGACUAUACUCAGUCAGAAGUGCCCGAGCACUACGAGACUGGCUCUCACGACUUCGCGUCGCAACAGGAGGGCGAGACCGGGCUAGUGGAUGGCUCUAGGAAGGCCAUCAACCGCCCAAUGCACUUGAACAUCGGAGCUGCCCAGAAAGCAGGUGAUGCGCCACAGAAGUCGCCGCUAUCUUUCCGGUCAGGAUUCAGCCUGGCCAGCAAGGGCCGUAUGGAACCAGGCCAUCAACCACUCUCCUCAAGUGCAGGGUCGCCACGCCUCGCACGCCAGGAUGGGAAUGAGACUCCCUCAACAGCAAAAGGUGCACUGGGUAAGAACCAUGAGUAUUUUGAGGGCAACACUGUGUUCUGGUGGGGAGGACGUAUGCAGAACGCUCGUGACCGGCCCGUCAACAUCGCAACCGGCAUUGUGCUCGUCCUGCCGGCGAUUCUCUUUUUUGUUUAUUCAGCCUCUUUCCUGUGGCAUCAUGUAUCACCAGCGAUCCCUAUAAUAUUCGGCUACCUCUUCUUUCUCUGUUUAUCAUCCUUUAUCCAUGCGUCCACCGUCGAUCCAGGAAUUUUCCCCCGCAAUAUCCAUCCUUUCCCUCCCACCGGGAAAGAGGAUCCGCUUGCUAUUGGACCGCCCACCAAUGAUUGGGUCAUGGUCAGGCUUGCAACUUCCCAGACGGCUGCCAUGGACGUACCGGUGAAAUAUUGCAAAACCUGCAACAUCUGGCGCCCCCCACGCUGCUAUCACUGCCGUGUUUGUGACAACUGCGUUGAGACACUGGAUCACCACUGUGUGUGGUUGAAUAACUGCAUGGGCCGCCGCAACUAUCGUUACUUCUUCGGCUUCAUCAGCACAGCGACUCUUGUUGGGCUCUUGCUCUCAUUUGGCAGCUUGGGCCACGUUAUUGCUUACGGCAACCAACAUAAUAUUGCAUUUGGUCAGGCCAUCAGUAGGUGCCGAGUACCUUUUGCCAUGUUUAUCUACGGACUAGUGGCGAUUCCGUACCCAGCGGCGCUGUGGGUCUAUCACCUCAUGCUCAUGGGCAAAGGCGAGACAACAAGGGAGUAUCUGGCGUCGAGGAGAUUCCCAAAAGCAGAGAGGCAUCGCCCUUUUACUCAAGGUAACUUCUUGAAGAAUUGGCUGGCAGUACUCGGAAGGGCGAGGCCACCGACAUAUUUACAUUUCAAGAAAUACUACGAAGAAGGAGAUCAGCGCUUCGGGGAGCGACGGGGUAGACGUCAGGCUCCUCUUGUGCCCGAAGCACAAAACGGCGGCAUGGAGAUGCGGCCUGUAUCAACACAAAGGGGAUUUGAGGGGCCACAAUCUCGGCAGAAAUUGGAGGCCAAGUAA